UUUGUGUACGAGAGAAGAGAUCAUCCCCGUUCUGUUAAUGGAGGGACUAGAUCGACCAGCAGCCGUAGCUGCAAAACGAAGCGGGAGUCCUAAAUAUAAUGAGUGUGCUAAGGCCAUGCGUCCGGCUUUGGUUGGAUCUCCAUUGUUGUUGCUGUCUCAAGAAGAGGGUGGUAUUCGUCUGUGCAAGCCAGGCGAAGAUAUGUUUUACGAGACGACGACUGACUUUUCAGGGUAUCGAUUCCUGGCAAGCUCGGGUAAGUGGUUCCUGGUGGUAGAUUCUCGAUCGGAUCUCUAUAUCAUAGAUGUGUUUAGCGAUGAGAGGAUCCGUCUUCCACCUUUAGAGUCAAUCAAUGGUGGCCUUUAUAUGGUUGAGCGAGUAGGAUCUAAUGAAUUCAAGGUUACUUUAAUUAGAGGCAUUUUCAAUGGUUCUUGUUCUGUUCACACUACCAAAUAUCUACGAGGUCUUUUGUGGGUAGACGACAAGAAUGGAGACUAUGUUGUUGUGUGGCAAUUUGAGCAAGGCCAAUUUUUAGGGUUUUGCAAGAAAGGGGAUUUACAUUACCGCGAUAUUCCAAUACGAGUCGAUGUACGCAGGGAGUUUCGAGGCCUAAAAGAUGUGGUGCUUAAAGGUUAUAGUCUUUACUCACUGGUGACUCGCAGCUUCAUCCGACACAUUGAUUUGUCUGGACAAGAUGGUUUCAAGGAUGUAUCCGUGAUCCCUAGGUUUCCAAUGUGGAAACCAGAUACGCCUAGGGUUGAUUUCGGAGUAACGGAAAUAAAAAAGGUCAUCUCUUUUAGCGAUAGAAUUGCUGUUACAACAUCAGGAGAGGUUUUGUUAGUCUUUACCAAGGCUUACGAGCCAUUCUGUGAAAGGUAUAGGAUCUUCCGCGUCUACAAGAGGGAUCCUAAAGAGCUAGACCCGAAUACAUACGACACCAGUCUUGUUGAGAUGGAAUCUAUAGGUGAUGAAGCCCUGUUUUUCGAUUUGGGUAUUACCGUGCCUGCUGACCAUACCCUUGGUAUUGAGCCUAACUCCAUCUAUUUCACCCGUAAUGACCGUUUCGGUCACAAGUACUGUUCCAUUCCAUGCCUGAUCGACAUAUGUGUGUACAACAUUGCAACAAGGACUAUUAAACGCUUCCCUAGUCUCUCCAACUUAAAACUCAAGGAUGCACAGUGGUUUCUCCCCUCUUGAGAUUUGGUGUUCUCUUGCCUUGUCAUUCUCCUGUUGAGACAUUCACAGACUCUGCUUUGUUAUCCUCUUUUUCUUUUUCAUGUAGUAUAAUAUUUGUCAUUGCUAAGUGUUUAAAAUACCUUUAAGACUUACGUUCCAAAUUUCAAACCAUUACUUCAGAUCAAAUUAUCAUACACUCGUUGUAAGCAUUAUUAAAGAGUUUUUUUUUUU